GAGACUGUCAGUCAAAUUUGUCAUUUAAAGGCAUCAAGAUGCGUCUAGCCAUCGGAAUAUUUUUGGUCGUCGCGGUUCUCCUGAUUUCGGAAAGCGAGACAGCGGUUUCCCGUGGAAUCUUCAAGGACCCUGCCCAUCCUGGAAAGUGUGUCCUGCAUGGCCUUAUUUUGGACGCCGGUAAAAGUGCCCGCAACCCGAAAAAAUGCGAGCAAAUUAUGUGCGAAGCAAAUAGCUCAGCUCAGAUCCAUUCGUGCGGUGUCUAUGCACUCUUCCCAGGCCAAAAAUUCGGAAAGUACAUAGCUCCAAACGGUGAUUAUCCCGCCUGCUGUGAACGUGAAGUUAUACGCGGAUAAUGGCGAUUUUGAUAUGUUCAAAAUUUCACACAAGUUAAUAAAUGUAAACCGUGAAAUCUAGACGGAAAAUACUGGUGAAAAACUUUAAAAA